AGUAAUGUUAAACCUGUUGAGUUGCGACAAGGACAACUUUAAAGCUUUAUUUUAGUUCUUCAAAUGUACUGGGUCGUUUUCUUUUUGUUUUUUAAUUGUGUUAUUUUUCUUUAUUUCUUUAUUUUUCUUUUUUCUUCCUUGUAGCUCACUGAAUUGUUCCCAUGGUCUGUGGUCCACACUCCAGCAUAGUAGGUGGCGGUGGUGCCACCCACCAUUAAACCAAAAGAAGAAGAAGACCCUUCUGACUCCAUGGCAACGCAGCAGCUUCCGCCGAAGCUCAUCCCGUUUGUUUUCACAUGUAGGCGCCGCUCUUAGUUUUACACUUUUAUACAAAAGUAUAACAUGGUGAUGUGACUUUACUUCACAUAUACCAGCGUUUAUAUUAAUUACACAAGGCGUAUUUAUGAAAGUACAGGACCAUUCAGAACGAUUCCCCAGAGAUGUGAGCCUUGUGACAGUUAAAGAUGUCUUCUCAGGAAGAGACGAUGCCAGUGCUGCCUAUUUGGGAGCUCUCCAUCCCUCUGCCUGCCGUGCUGAUGAUCACUCUGAGUCUCUACAUGAUCAUCCUGGGGAUCGGGCUGUGGAUCAGAUACUGCCUCAAGGACCGGUGCUCUUCAAAGUGCUGUAACUGCUGUCCAGAAAUGUCCAUAUGUGGGCAGUGUAAGAGUUUAGCAGAGAUGUGUGACUGUCGCCUGCCGACCCUGCGCUCAUGUCGGGCCGUUUCCUGCCCUUCUCCUUCUUGUGCAUGUUGGGACUGCGCCUGCACCUGUCAGCCCCCGGAGUGUGAGUCCUGCAACUGCCUCUGCUUCGAGAUCAGGAUCAAGUGAAGGAUGCUGGUGCACUAAUGCCACAGGGACAUUUUCUAAAAACGGAAUGCCUAUUGUUAGAGUUUACAGUGGAGAGAUAACAGGAACCAAGGGAGGAAAGUGACUGGGAAGGACUUGAAUCAGAGGCGCUCAUGGUCAGCAUCUUUACCCAGGACUAUUUCUCUUUUUCUUUUGCCCUUUUACAUUUUUUUUUAAAAAGACUGACAAUUAUUUUGUUACUGAGCAGAACUCGUUUUAGCUUUCACAUGUUGAAGGCUGUGUCAAAGUGUUUUAUUGUCAUUCUCUAAACUUGGGUACCUUUGGUAUUUUUUUCAGCCUGGACCCUAUUUUCUCAUGUUUUUAUUUCUAAGUGAUAUUAAACUAAUUUAACAACU